AUGACGGUUCAGUCAAACAUAGACUCACCCCAGCAGCACCAUCGUGUAGUUUUGGAUCAUUACCAUCAACGCCAUGAUCCGGCGUAUAAUAUAACCAGCGCCGAGGUGGAUGACUAUAAUAGCGACAAUAGCAUUGCAGUUCUACAACACCACCAUCGAUAUAUGCCAUCUAGUUCCAGCUCCUGUGAUAAUACCAAACAUCAUCCGAUGCAAGGUUCCAGCGUGCCGGGGUCUUGCGACGAAAAUACUCUUAGCGUGUUAGACGUGAACCUAGACAGUAAGAAAAUAGCACUAUCCAACCAAAAUAACUCGAGACUGAAUUCACCUGCACGGUUCGAGAACGAACGGAAGUAUACAAACCAUAUCGAAGUGUACAGCGAUAACAGCACCAACAAACUGGAAGAGGAGAUUUCCGAAGAUGAUCGAGGGCCACCACUUCCUCCGCGACCUGCUCCUAGAACCCGAACUCUGCAGCGUGUCGAAAAUGCUCCAACAACUUCCGGGGUGCGAAAGUACGUAAUCUGGUGUCUGAUAUGUGGUGGUAUUUCCUGUCUUCUGGGUAUAUUGUUUCUGGGCAUAUACUUUUUGCUGCGAUCUUACACCAGUACCGUGGGAUAUUUCGAAACUGUUCCAACAUUCGUUCCUGCUACACUGCUCAUGGUCACAGGAAUAUGCAUAAUGAGUUUGGCGAGACGAAGAAACCGAUACAGCUAUUUGAUCAAACUGUCCGGUGCCUGCGGUCUUGCCUCAGCUCUUACUUGCGCUCUCGUGACGGUCACCACAACGGUGUUGCAUAUGAGCCGGCUUCAGGUGUUGCGUGAGUGUGAAUACACUCAGAAAACACGAACAUGCACGUGCUAUUCGGUUACGGCCGAAAAACAAGCAGAAGGCAUUGACGACAACGUGCGGUUUGUGUUCGAUUCAACCUCCGACUGUGGAGUCGUACAUGGUGCGCUGUACUCGUGUCUACGUGCUGUAUUCGGACUUUCAGUAGCCGGCGUUUUGGUUGCCGUGUUCAGUUGCAUGCUUGUAUACCAGCUUCUGAGUCACGAGCGUAAGAAGAUGUACUGGGAACAGUUGGAAUUGAGAUGUAGAUCGCUGUACUCUGGACAGCAGGGGCCUUCGGUGCUGCCAUCCGGUCCAAUGCUAGGAGGAGCACGUAAUGGGAAUUGUCGAUGUUGCGAACAAUGUCACGCCCACCGGAAUGUAAUGCCUUCUGCCUAUCCUUGGGAAGGUGACCAGCGCUUUUGGACUCCUGGACAGGCCGGAAACUUUUAUUCACCUAACCCUGGAGGAGAAGAGAAUCCAGCCGGCAAUAGACUAAAUCAAAAUGGUAGACGCAUGCCUGGAUGGAGCUGGCCAAGAAUGCCAUGGCAGCGAAACGACUCACAACGCAUGUCUCCACAUAGCCCGGACUCACAAUAUGGAUUCUCAAACAGAGCUACUGGUGCAGAUGCUGGUCCAAUUGGAUCGAAUCAACCGCGGUAUAAUGUUAUUGAGCAGCAGUAUGGUAUUUGGGGACCGCCACCCCCUUACAGUGAUCCGAACAGUCCAGCCCGCAGGGGUCGCUAUCAGUAUAUCCAUCCAGCUCAGUGCCAACCUAUGAUUGAAUCAAACGUUCCACCCACAAAUAUAGCAAUUCUUGAGUGCCACCAACACCCAAUGGCUUCCGAAAGUCAUUCCAUCCAACAAUACAAUAACUCAUCCCAACCGAAUGCGUUCCGAAACCCAGGUAAACGACAGGCAUUUAAACCGGCUAAGGAUAACUAUGAAAAUACCCCAUCGGAUAGUGAUGGACCAAGAGAUCGAUUUUCAAACACCCUUCCUUUGAGAAAGACGAAAAAACGCGUCGAAGCUGGUGCCAAAAGUAUAGGACCGAAUCAACCUGCUGCCAGGGUAAAUGUGCAAAAUGUGUUCAAUUCUGAUGCAUCCCACGGGCAGCAUAAUUCCGUCGACACAUCGGAAAAUGAGUACAACGAACCAUCUCUUCCGAAUAAUGAGCCUAGUUGCAGUAGCCAAGCUCCUUCAACGCACGCGAAGACCAGAAAAAUUAAGACUGGUGUUGAAAAUACAGGAUUUCAGACUGUCGAAGCUCUAGAGGCUGAGGCUCUGAAUGGAAAAAUUAUGGAACCAACUGAGUCAGAAGUGUAUUUUGCAGAUGUUAGCAGUUGUUGCAACAUGUCCGUCAAAAAUGACAAUUACUACGAUGAUGCCAACCAAAGACGCAAAAGUGUGAAAGACAAAAAUAAACAAAUUCAUGAACCAGAACAAUUCAGCAAAGAACAGGCUGAUGACUAUAUUGCUCAGAGAUUUGGAAAACGGGAACCAUCCGUCCGCAGUAGGUUACCUUUUCCUCAGAUUAUUCCGGAGACGUUCGAAAAGCCUAUGGUGAUGCCAAGACCAUCGUUGAUGCAUAAAGAUAUUUCCCGGCAGAGUAUGUGCUCGGUAGAGUCCGGCGAAAAAACAGACUACACGGACCUGUCGCCUGCUACACCUAGUGCAAACUUCCCAUCGGUAACAUAUCCUCAACAAGAGCCCAGCAACAACUUGAAUCCAACAAGCAGUGGUAAUUUAACCAAUUCCAAUAACGCUGCUCCGGAUUUUUCCUCCGAGCCCAAUAGUUCAAACUUCAUCGCCUCAUAUCCAUACUCAUCAAACGAACAAAGUCAAGAAGCCCAUCGACGUUCAACAAAAAACUUGCAGGACCUAUUUUUGGCCCCCGAUUCACAGUACGAGGUAAUCAAAGAAGCCAGUAAGUACAAUGAAACAACUCCCCUAACGAUGCCCUACCUGACCCAGCAGGACAUGUCCACCCAGUUUUCAUAUCAUCCGAGUAAGAUGGUUCCUGCAUCACGGGACCACACCAACUACCAGCAUUCGCAUUCCAUAGUCCCCCAGCAAAAUGUUCCACAGCAGUUUCAGCAAACCAACCAAUUAAAAGCAAGAUCACCUAAGAAUCUUAAUAUCACUCCCAUCAAACGACAAAGUCUGGGGACCAACAUAAGUUCAAUCAUCCAGAAUCUAAGCGGCAGCGAGGCCGGUCUUUUGUAUCCGGAAGGACGGCACGCCGUCGUCGCUGGUACAAACACCGUGGGAGCGGGAAACUGUAACGCUGCAGGAAGACCAAACGGACUGAGGGAUCCGGAACCAAGCCAGCGAACUCGGACGAUAGAGGAUAAUGGUGACAACGACGGCGAAAGCAGCAACGACGAGAACGGCGAGUCGGACCUCAGCGAUCGUCGUCGAUUGUGA